UCAGAAGAGGAGAAGAAGCUGCGGCCCGGCUGGAGUGCGCGGUGGUAAUGGCUGCCAUGGUAUGAGACUGCCGAGGAUGGACGAGACUUCGAGUCAAAACCAGCUGGCAGGGAGUGGAAGUCCGGCUGGUGUGGCCAAUAGACAGAACCUAGAAGAACCCAACCAACGAAUACAGUACUCCAUUCCGGGGAUACUCCACUUUAUCCAGCAUGAAUGGGCCAGAUUUGAGAUGGAGCGCUCGCAGUGGGAGUUGGAGAGGGCGGAGCUGCAGGCAAAGAUUGCCUUCCUGAAUGGAGAGAGGAAGGGGCAAGAGAACCUCAAAAAUGAUCUUGUUAGAAGAAUAAAGAUGCUGGAGUAUGCCCUCAAACAGGAAAGGGCCAAGUACCACAAGCUAAAGUAUGGUACAGAGCUGGUGCAGGGGGACAUGAACCCUCCUGUAGAGGAGGGUGGGGAGGAGGUACGUGUGGAUCCUGAUGCCAUCCUCUCUACUAACACCAAUGUCUCCUGGAAGCAGUCACGGCAUCUUCUUAGACAAUACCUUCAGGAGAUAGGCUACACGGACACAAUCAUUGAUCUGCGGAGCAACAGAGUGAGGUCUUUGCUUGGCAUCAGCAGUGGAGAAAAUGAGGAGAAUCACAACAGCACACCAGCAGUGAAUGGUUCAGACACCACCAAGCGCCAGCCAGACCCCAACCGCUGGAAUGUCUCAAAAAAACCUCAGUCAACCUUGGAGGCUCAGAUACGAGAUGCAGAGAAGGCAGUCAUUGACAACUUUGCCUUUCUAAGGUCUGAAGGGAUGGAGAUGGACGAAGAUGACGAUGAGGAGGAUGCUGAAGAAGAAGAGGAUGUUCAUGGUCUUAAGAGUCCAAAGGCUGUCAAAACGCUGGAUGUGGAUGAUGUUGAUGGGGAGCCAGUGGAGCUGGACCACGAAUUUCCAUUCCUACCAGAUGUAGAGGACAACCCACCUGGUGUAAUGGGGUUUGGGCCAGCCAGACGGGGAUACGGAGGUCCUGGAGGUGAGGAUGAUGCCCUUGUGGAGGGCCUCGGGGAGCUGGCACAGCUUACUGUCAAUAAUGAAGCAGAUGCUUCAUAUGAUAUUUCAACCAAAGAAAACUUCAGAAAGACGUGGACAGCCAAAUAUACCUUACGCUCACACUUUGACGGAGUGAGGGCACUCUGUUUCCACCCCCAGGAACCCACUCUUAUCACAGCCUCUGAGGAUGCAACGCUCAAACUCUGGAACUUGCAGAAAACUGUGCCAGCCAAGAAGUCUGCCUCCUUGGAUGUAGAGCCUGUGUACACCUUUCGGGGCCAUCUGGGCCCUGUGCUGUGUCUGGCCAUGAGUGGGGACGGAGAGAAGUGCUAUUCUGGUGGCAUAGAUGGAACCAUACGCAUCUGGAACAUCCCAUCCUCUAACAUAGAUCCUUAUGAUUCUUACGAGCCGAGUGUGGUGGCUGGCAGCUUAUCAGGCCACACAGAUGCUGUCUGGGGCCUCACCUUUAAUCCGCAGCGGCAGCAUCUAAUCUCCUGUGCUGCCGACUCUACUGUCAGAUUGUGGUCUGCUGACACCCGGUCUCCUCUGCUCUACACAUAUUCUGUUGAGAGAGAUGGCAUACCCACCUCAGUUGACUUUGUUUAUGAGUCAAGUAACCAGUUUGUCUGCAGUUUCAAUACUGCCAAUUGUGUCAUCUUUGACCUGGAGACUGGCAAGCCUGUGAUGAGGUUGGACACAGAACCUGACCAGGGCAGCAACUCCAUUAGUCGACAGAUAAAUAGAGUUGUGUCUCACCCAACGCUGCCACUCACUAUCACUGGCCAUGAGGAUCGCCACAUCCGCUUCUGGGACAACAACAGUGGCCGGCUGGUGCAGUCCAUGGUGGCCCACUUGGACUCAGUCACUUCACUGGCAGUUGACCCUAAUGGGCUCUACCUCCUCUCUGGCAGCCAUGACUGCAGUAUCCGUUUGUGGCAGCUGGAUAGUAAACAGUGUGUACAAGAAAUCACAGCCCACAGGAAGAAGUUCGAUGAGAGUAUAUUUGAUGUGGCCUUCCACCCUAGCAAGCCCUUCAUUGCCAGUGCAGGAGCAGAUGCACUGGCCAAAGUGUUUGUCUGAAGUGCCCAGCCACCUGCCGUGGGAAAGAUGGACACUUAGUGCUAGGGAAGGUGGUGCCGUGUGUUCUGUGUGCUCCACUGGUUAUGACUGAAAAUAUUUGCACCCUUUACUUGAUUUCUUGUGCACUUGAAUCUUACCAAACUGUGAAUGGCCACAUCCAGCCUUACUUUGCCUUCAUCUGGCCAUGGUCUGCUUGGCCUAGGGGCAACACACAAACAUAUGCCAGUGUCUCACCUCUUGAGUGUCGCAGGAACCUCUUGCCAAGGAACAAAAUACUACUACUACCCAACUUGUAGAUUGAAAUGUUCUGAGUUUUGUAAAAUGCACUUGUUAAUAAUGAUCCUGCAUUUUAAUUAUUUUAUACAUUUUUAGAUGACUAUUUUAUAUAUAUGUAUUUAACAUCUAGACGUCUAUUCUGGGGAGGCACCUGUUUCUGGAUCUUAUUUAAAUUUUUUCCUUUCUUUAUAUUAUUUUAUUUAAUUUUUUUUUACAUUUUAAAAAAUUAAUGUGAGGUGACAAGUGACAUCAGCCGUGUCGCUCGGGCUGGGACCCCCUGCCACUACACAUAUAUCACCUGUAUGUAGCCUUGUACAUGUGUUAGAGAGAGAAAGUAACAGUAGGUCUGGACUGACUUGACUAAUCAUCCUUUUUUCUACUUUUUAAUUAUUUAUUCUCCUUCAUUAAAAAUUUCCUCCAUUUCUGUGAUUGAGAUGUGAGGCAAGAGAAUGUUCUCUCCCUGACUAGAUUUUAUACCAAUGUGUUAAGGGCCAUUUUUCCAGUGAUGUAGCAGUGUUGACCCUGAAGUCUUAAGCUGUUUCCCAGGACUUUUGCAAAUGUCACAGUCACAGUUCAGGACUACUGCUUGUAUCUUAGCAACAGUAAGUAAUGUAAGAAACAAACUUUGUGUAUUUCAUGGUAAUUUUUUUAACCUAUGAUAUUUAAAGUAUCUUUGUAAAUACUGUACUUGAAUAAUGUUCUGUUGAAAUGAAACACAGUUACUCUGCUAGUCUUAGUGUACAGUACUAAUAUUACUUCUUUGUGGUGAAAUUAGAUAUGGAAUUCCCUCAUGUU